AUGCAGAUUGAUAUUCCAAUCAACAAGUUCCUCAAUGGAAAAUUUGUUUUGUUCGCCGCCCUGCUUAUCUUCGAAGUAGGAUCUGCGGUUAUUGGCUCAGCGUCGUCUAUUGGCGCUGUCUUCGCGGGCUGUGCUCUGGCUGGCUCCGGUGGCUCCGGAAUCUACGUCGGCACCAUAAGCAUGAUCACCGGAAUGACGACUGCCAAAGAACAAAACCAGUAUCUCAAUAUUGUUGGUAUGGCGUGGAGUUUGGGAACCAUCCUUAGCCCCAUUAUCGGAUCUGCGUUUGCUGAUUCGCCUGCCACAUGGAGAUGGACUUUUUACAUCAACAUUUGCGUUGCCGCCGUUACCGCCCCGGCUUGUAUCUGGAUUAUACCCUCGGCGCCGCCUAGUAUAUCCCUGGGGGUUAUGGGCGUAAUCAAAGUAUUUAACUAUCUUGGUGCUGUGCUGUUUCUUGGCUCUGUCGUGUCUAUAGUGACGAUGCUAGGGUUUGGCGGCGUUGUGUAUAGCUGGGAUAGCAGCCAGAUGAUUGAACUUUAUGUUGCUACUGCUUUGCUAUUGAUCAUUUUUGCUCUGCAGCAAAAACUCCACAUUCUCACGGUGGAUCGAAUCUUUCCAGUGCAGUUCUUCAAGGACCCCUUAAUGAUCGGCUUAUGGAUCUAG